AAGUAUGAAGAAAACAAAAAUCCACUACAACUUUUUGAGGACACACAAUAGCUGGUUUAAAACCCAAUGAUUUAGAUCCAAUAUUUGAAUAUUUGAUAACAUUCGGGACCAUAGAAUUUAUAAAUGUUUUUGUAUCCAAAACGAAAUUUAAUAUUUGAAUAAAUCUAAGUUUAGUAAGAUAAUGUGUAUAAGUGAAACGCAAUAAAAAAAAUAGGCCCGCAAUAUGGACGGUGAAGUAAAUGUUUUAUAUUAAACAAUAGCUGGAAAAUAUUAGAAAAAUACAUAUAUUACAAGAUAAGAUUCACAAAUGGUUUUAAAAUGAAUAUAACUUAAAGAAUUAUUUGAAUGAUGUGUUUAGAACAAUCGAAAAACUGUGUAAGUGUGUUGAGCGGUAUACAUGAAUAUUGUAUCUGGUGAGAUAUCACAUAUAAGCGAAAAUACAGAUAGUGCGACAACAGAAGGAUCAAAGUAAAAGACUUCAGUACAAUUAUGGCGGACUCUGUUAUUAUCUAUGAAAGGUGUCCAAAACAGAGAAGAUUUCUUGAGGCGGCCGUAAAAUCAAAUGACUAUGCUCUUGUACGAGAAAUAAUUGCAAAUGGUGCAGAUAUAAAUUAUCAGAAUGAAAAUGGUGAUACUGUUUUACAUAUUGCUGUUACAGAAGAUGAUAAUUCUAACAUUGUUAAAGCACUGAUAGCUGCAGGGAUUGACGUAAACAUUCAAAAUUUCAAUGGUAAAACGCCGUUACAUUUGGUAGUUAACGAGCAUGAUGAUACAUCAUCUGAUGAAGAUAGCUCUUCCGUUAGGAAUGACUCAUCCAAUGACGAAGAACACGAAUUUGAUAUUGAGGACAACGCAGACACUGACUUACAUCCACGCAUUGACUCAGAUUGUGAAUUACUACGUGAAAGAACAAAUGAAGAAGCUACUAGUCAGAACAUGGCACCAGAACUGUCUCCUGACAACACUGAUACCGAUGCAGACAUACAUUCAAUUGAUCAACAAGUGUCAAAUAUUAGUCAAGAAAAACAAGUUACGGAUGCCUGUUUUAUUGCUAACACGAUACCUGACACUGUAACUGGAAACGGUAAUAGUUCCAAACAAGACUGUCUGAAACAACAGAAUAACAACAAUAAUAUUCAGACAUUAAUUAGAGCAGGUUCUGAUGUUAAUAUACCAGAUAUGUAUGGUAAUACUGUUCUACAUCUUGCUCUGAUGCGAUCAGAUGUGGAAGAAAUUUCCAAAUCGCUGGUAAAAGUAGGUGUGAAAAAAUCCCAUAUAGAUGAUGAUGAGUUGCAUUUUAUUGCAUUGCAAUUUUAUAAUGACACUGACGUUCAAACAAUCGUUGAUGCCGGUGCCGAUAUGAAUAAACAGAAUAUUGAUGGAAAAACUCCUAUCCAUUUCGCCGCUAAAUCAAAAAAUGAAAGGCUCAUUCAAAGGUUUCUUAAAGCAGAUGCCGAUCCUAACAUACAAGAUGAAGAUGGAAACACGGCACUUCAUUACGCCUUUACAAAAGGUUGUUGCGCAAAAUCUGUUUUAUCCUUGAUUAAUGCAGGCGUGGACGUAAACAAACAAAAUGCUAAUGGAAACACAGCUUUGCAUUUAGCAGGGCUUUCUGUCGAAUCAGAAAACAUAGAAAUAAUAGAAUUACUAGUGCAUGCAGGUGCUGAUGUUAAUAAGCAAAAUAACAAAGGGGAUACGCCAUUGCAUAUCGCUAUAUCUAGUGUACCAGAAGAUGAAAAUAUUCAAGCAUUAAUUAAUCUAGGUGCCGACAUUAACAAACAGAAUGCCGAUGGUAAUACGCCAUUACAUAUGGCAAUAUUGAAUCAAUACACAAGCUUUGGUGCUUUGAAAUUUUUACUUGAAGGGAGUUCAGCUGUUUUCACCAAAAACAAUGAUGGAUAUGACCCAAUACAGUUGAUCAAUUCAUUUAGAACGUUUCUAAGAUUGCUUAAAAUGCAGAGAUAUUUCAAUUACCGUGACGAUUACGGUAAUACAUUGAUGCAUGUUUUGAUGAUGCAAUGGUCGUACAAGGAUGAAUGGAAGUACCUGUUAGAACAGAUGACGAAGCUCAACCUUGACUUUAAUGCACAGAAUAAUAAUGGCCAAACGCCGUUACAUAUCAUUGCAUCAGGUGGUACUGCAUAUGACGAUUUGGCGUUUAUUUUAGAUAACUUUGAAAAUAUCAAUUUGCUUAUCGUUGAUAACAAUGGUAAAACAUUUUUCCAUACCUUCAUCGAAAAAUUAAUUUAUGUGCCUCCUGCAGAGACAACAAAUUUUAUCAUGAGUUUUCUGGAGGGUAGAUAUAAAAACUGUUCGGCAGAAACAGUAAAGGAACUUUUACGAAUCCAAAAUGGGUUUGGGAAAACACCAUUGAUUACCUAUAUAGAAUGUUUUGAAAUACGUAUGGAAUUGUUUGAAAGAUUUGUGACAGCUGGAGCAGAUAUGACGUGUUGCACCAAAUCCGGAGACACAGUUUUACAUUAUCUGGCUGCAGGUUCCACGAGAGAUGACAUUAUGAAACUGGCUAUAAGUCACGGUGCAAACGUUAAUGCACAGAACAACUAUGGUGACUCUCCAAUUUAUUUAGUCGAAAAUGAUAUUUCAAAAGUAAACGAUCUUUUGAAUUGUGGAGCUGACUUGAAAAUACGUAAUAAAUUUGGACAGACCCCUUUACUUGUGCAAGUAUUAAGAUCACAAUCUGAAAUUGGACUUAUUAUCGAAAUGUUUCUUGCUAAUGGAGCUGAUGUGAAUGAAACGGAUGUGCAUGGAAGUAACCUUCUACACUAUGCUGCAUGGUGUGAUACCGAUACAAAGGUAAUCGAACAGCUUAGAAGUGCUGGCAUCAAAUGUAUUCCAGACAAAGUUGGUCAGCUUCCAUGUCAUGUUGCAGAACAAAGAGGAAAUAAGAAAAUGCUUGAUGAAAUCUGCAUUUGUGGAAAUGCUACACAUGGCUUAUGCUUUUCACAAGAGUUUAUAGACUUUGAAAAUAAAGGCCAGCUUACCAUACCUUGUAAAACAUCCCUUCGAUUAAAACAAAGACUUUUUCAAAGAAAUGCCAUAGACAAUCUUCUGAAUUGCCCAUAUCUAGGAUUAGUAAAGUUCGAAGGGGAAUCUCGUGAAGUUAAGGAAACUGUCAUUGAGAUAAUAAGACAUAUUUGUACUCUUAUAGGAGAAGAAGAUGAUCUUCUUUGUAACACCGUCUUUCAAUCUGGAAGUGUUGGAGAAAAUACGAAAAUUGGUUUUCCGGAUGAGUUUGACUUCGUAUGCUUAAUAAGUAAAUUUCCAAAAAUAUGUGAGAUAGACGAAGAGUUGUCUAUGCGCGAUGCUAACUACGCCUAUUUAAAGCUCAAGAAAGAUUGUAAACGCUACAAAACACGUAGUCUCUUUAAUAGCGAUUGCUUUCUAGAACCCGGAAAAGUUUCAAAAAGAUUCAGAAUUGCACUGACGAACGUUUUACAGCAUCCUUCAUUAUUUAGGAAUCCGAAUAUAUCGUUCGCUGAGUAUAAACAAAGAAGUUCUCUACGGUCACCAAACUGUCAGUUUACCUUACGUUGGACGGGAGCUGUGUACAAGGACAUGACAAUAGAUAUUGAUCUUGUUCCAGCAUGUCAGAUUAAGAAUUGGUGGCCUCUUGGUUCACGGCUAAAUUCGCUUUCCUGUGAUCAAAAACCCAUUCAAAACGACGGUGCGUUAAUACUAUUCAGAGGUAAUGUUGAUCACCCAUCUGGUUUGAAAGCUCGUGUUUCAGCCUUAAAUGCAGAAAAGGCGCACAUGGCAGCACUUCCACAGAAAGCAAGAGAUGCCUACGUGAUUUCAAAAGUGAUGUUUGAUUCCCGAAUUUGCCCUGAGGUAUUUGGAGAGGGUACUAUGUCAGAGUCCAACGCUGCUAAGAUCAGCAGCUACAUACUCAAAAAUUGUAUGUUCCACGUCUUUGAAGAGUCCAAAGAACUAAAAGAGCAUGGUGUUUCUGUUCCCCCUACAGAUUUGCUACAUGAUUAUGCAUGCAAAAUUAUCAGGAAGUUGAUUGCGUUUGCUUCCAAUGGAAAUCUUCCCUCGUUUGUAUUUCCAUGGCAAAACAUUUUUAGCUUCCAGAGUCAAUUAUUAGAUCCACGUGAUGAAACUCAUAAAGAGUGUGCACGUAAAGUCGUGUAUUGCAAACUGGUACUUGACAUUCUUGGCGAACAGGACUGUUAUUCUGAUCUGUUUGAAGACGUUUUGCGAGAAUUUACAGUUUCAAGAGAUAUCUAUACCAGAAAUUUACAGGAAUUGGACCCGAAUUCGCUCGAGCAGAUGAUUUCGUAGACGUACAUUAUAUGUCUAUUUUGGAUGGUUUUCUACUGCUAUGAGUAUUUUUUGACAAGGAUGAAUUAUAGGGCCUGCUUCGUUUUCUGUAACAUUUAUUCGCCGCUGAAAAGUUAUAAUUUCUUAUAUAAAAUUAUGAAAUAAAUGAAAAUGUACUUUCAAAAGCAAAAUACUAUUCUUGUCCCAUACAACAAUAUGAAAACCGUAGGCGAUCGAUUUAAUCUUCUUGUAUUCUAUAUUAUCUCCUUACCGAGACUUACCCAGUCGAUAUCUGCACUGCAUAAUUAAGAGACUAAAAGUCCCAACUACCGUUUAAUGUCGCAAGGUUGGGUAUUGUGUCAUAAGGAUCUUAGUGAUGAUGAUACCGGUGAUGAUAAUGGUGAUGAUUAUCAUGUAUUUACAUAAUGGUGAAGAUAAUAGGUGGAUGAUAAUUGUGAUGGUGUACUGUUUUAUUUUUGUUAUUCAACGAUGAAUACAGGGAGUAGAAUUAGUUCUUUGAAAAUAUAAAUCGUUCGUAGAAUGAUUCCAUUACAUACUUGAUAUAACUAACAACUCUAUGAGACGGGAGCCCUGUGCGUUUGUAUUAUCAAGGCGUAGAGCUUAUCUUAGAAGGUGCUGGGAGCUCUGUGCAGUCCUACAUUUCCGUUUAAAUGAUCAUGUACAGAGAAAAGAAUAAAAUGUAUUCGAAAUGUUAUAAAAGAAGAAUUUAAUGAAAUUAUAUAAAAAUAAAAAGAAAAUUGUUAAAAGGCCGUUUUAAGACGUUUUAAUUGUUCACAAAUUACACAUAUGCCUACAAAUGUGUUAAGAAAACAUUGCAUCACAGUGGAAAGUACAGCCAUUGCUUAAUCUUUAAAACACCAAUUUUGCGUUUUCUCCCUAUCACUUUUACGACAAUCACAAUGACAACACAAGAGAAUAACAUGUCGGCACAUCUUGACAAUGUCCCCUAAACACUGUUUAGCAAUUUAAGUGAACACUUAUUCCUUUUAUUAUACUUGAGUAAAACUAAGAAUUAUAGAUAGCAAUAUCAGCAGAAUCAUGAUAACAUAUAUAAUUGGCGAUACCAGCUCCCAAACGAGCAUCAGAAAAGCUAUGAAUCCUUCUUGCAUGGGAGGAAUAUCAACUGUCGUUGCAUCCAUGUUUGUUUUAUUUCACUUUUGAAUUGCCUAAAUAUGUAUUAUCCACAUAGCGCACUUUUAUUAAAAACAUUCGUAUUAUUGUAUCUAUUUUUUAAUUGAUGUAACUUUAUUAUACUAUAAUAAAUAUUCCAACUUUUUUCUUAUGCAGAUGUGUAUAGAUAUAUUUUUGAACACAAUGCACAAUACAAAAUUUUAUUGUUAAAUAGCUUUGCUUUCCAACAGAUCCAUUUAUUCAAAAGAUGAACCCCAUCUCCACGAAACUAUGUUUAUUUGAUUGUUAGUAAUGGCUGAAACGAACACUUUCAUCUUGUAUUGUCCAAAUAGCUGACUUUAAAAUAUAUAUUUCGUGAAGACACAAAUGUUAUCGUAUUAUGUAAGAGACAAACAAGUUUAUAAUAAUUUAUAGUAACACGUCAAGAUUUAUUAUACUUUCAUAACUUUCAUACUGUCGCUUCACAAAACAACGUAAGUUAUUUA